CUUCAAAACCGCCGCCUCGCGGAUGCAGUUCUGAUGCCGAGCACUUUCCAUUUGCUGCAUGAGGCGCGCCUGCCUAUCAGGCCUCUAGCUUGCGCUAGUGCUCCCACACCCAGUGCUGAAGACAAGGCUGAAGAGCCCCACCGGCCGCUAUGCAGCAAUUUCUAUUAACAGUUCUUUCCUAAUAAAGCUAUGGGCUUUGGACAUCCCAUCACUCCCCUUUGCUAUAAAUACGCUGUCGGCGGAAAUAUCUGGUUUUGCUCGAUUUUAAUUUGCAGGGUAUAACGUUAAAACAGCAACAUCUGAAGAAUACCAGCUGGAGCACCACCAAAUAACCUUGCCAUUAAAGUAGUAUUGAUCACCAACAUGCCAAGGGUGGAAGAAGACAUAAAACUAGACUUUAAAGAUGUCCUUUUCAGACCCAAGAGAAGCAGCUUAAAAAGCAGAUCAGAGGUGGAUCUCAAGCGGACAUUUACCUUUCGCAACUCCAAGCAGACUUACUCUGGAAUUCCUAUCAUGGCAUCAAACAUGGAUACAGUAGGAACUUUUGAAAUGGCAGUUGUUCUCAGUAAACAUAAUUUGUUCACUGUUAUUCACAAACACUACACAUUGGAGGAGUGGAAGAAAUUUGCUGCUAAUCAUCCUGAAUGCCUUGAGCAUGUAGCAGCCAGCUCUGGUAGCGGUCAGGCUGAUUUUGAGAAGCUCACAAGCAUCCUUGAAGCUAUCCCACUCAUUAAGUAUAUUUGUCUUGAUGUGGCUAAUGGAUAUUCAGAACAUUUUGUGGAAUUUGUUAAAAAUGUCCGUGCCAGAUGUCCUAAUCAUACUAUUAUGGCCGGCAAUGUGGUAACAGGAGAGAUGGUGGAAGAGCUUAUUCUUGCUGGAGCAGACAUCAUUAAAGUGGGCAUAGGACCAGGAUCAGUAUGCACAACCCGAAGUAAGACAGGAGUAGGCUAUCCUCAGCUGAGUGCAGUGAUUGAGUGCGCAGAUUCUGCCCAUGGCCUAAAAGGACAUAUUAUCUCUGAUGGCGGAUGUGGCUGCCCUGGAGAUGUCGCCAAAGCUUUUGGAGCUGGAGCUGAUUUUGUGAUGCUGGGAGGAAUGUUUGCAGGCCACGAUCAGUGUGCAGGAGAAAUUAUAGAGAAAAAUGGGGAAAAAAUCAAACUUUUCUAUGGAAUGAGCUCAGACACAGCCAUGAAGAAAUAUGUUGGGGGAGUGGCCGAAUACAGGGCAUCGGAGGGCAGAACUGUGGAGGUGCCUUACAAAGGUGAUGUGGAAAACACAAUUCGUGAUAUCCUCGGAGGACUUCGAUCUACGUGCACAUAUGUAGGAGCUGCUAAACUCAAGGAACUGAGUCGACGGACAACGUUUAUCAGGGUCACACAGCAGCACAAUCAAAUAUUUUCCUAAAUGACUUAACAUUUUCAAAGAAACUGUCAUUAUAAAGCAGUGAUUUUGAUAAAAAAAUGUUAUACUUGGUAGUAUUAAAAUGCAAUACUCAUGUUUAGUGCUGGGUCUGUUAAGCUGCAUUGGUAUACUUUCAAGAGAGAAACUGGUAUCAAACAAAAUAGUGUUGUGUAAAAAAAUCUAAUUUAUUACAGUCUGUUCAGUUAAGCAGAAGCAUAAGGACAUACUUUAUGGUUCCAAAAUGUAAUAUUGUAAUUUAAAUCUCAUGUAAUCACAGCCCCACAUAUUUUCUUUUGGUAAGUGACUUUACCUUAUAUGUAAUAGACUAACAAGAAACAGAACCUCUCCCUACUCAAGAUGACAACAACUCUGAUGUUAGUUGGCUUAUUAUGAAUAAACAUUCAUAAAAAGAGUAGAUAGGUAUUAACCUCCAUUAACGACCUAUACUGAAUAGUUAAAAAAAUGCCACACUAUGACUGCUUUAAUACCACCUUGAUGAAGACUCAACCUGCCCAAGUCAUCCUGACACAAACUCAUCUCAAUGAAAAAAAAAUAAAAGUAUGUGUUUUUGCAGGGGGAAAGCCCCCCCCCCCCCAUUCCCCACAAUUUGAAUACACUAACUUCAGGGUUGCACGAACUUGAAGAAAAGGCAAAAUGCCUACAGCAGGUGAAGCACUGCCCAUGUGCAGUGAUUUCCUGUGGAAAACAGUGAACAGAUAGUUUGACCUUGGGGAACUGAACUUGGCAAGUUGAGUCCACAUCACUCAAUGAGGUAUAUAGAAAAGCCUAAAAAAAAUAGCAAAAAAAAAGAAAAAAACUAGAGAGGUACUAUUUUACGAGAGAGGGCCCUGUGUAGUAUGCCUCUAAGAACUCCUAAGCUUUAAAGUAAUCAUGAGGUUUGUCAGUUGCCUGCUGCUUCUGUUUGUCAUCAUAAA